GGUGUCAAGGCAAUUAAAACUGUCAGAUGACGCAAAAGUGUUUUGGUUUUUUGAAUAGGUACAAAUAAACUUUAGCUUUUAUGUUAAAAUAAACAAUAACGAAAAAAAUAUCACAGCACUGCCAAAGUCGCAUAUUACGAAUUCACUUCAUAAAAUCAACACAAACCUUUCGGACGAGAAAAUGAAGACUUCGAUUGAAAUAGAUUCAUUGCGGACGGAACAUGAGUCGGACGAGCAGUGGGAGGUCCGCAGGAACUUCAUGAUGGAACACAAAGACAAUUUUGAAGAAGAAGAAUUAAUCACUUUGGCUCAGCUCUUCACCAAUAUAGAGUUUUUAGGAUGCAGAUAUCCCCCGCAAACCAUGAAGAGAAUAGCCCAAUUGGCGGAGAAAGUGUCCGCCAAGUACCGGGAGAGUCGCAAGAACAAACUAAAGAGAACAUUUGUCGAGGCCAGCGACGCCGCUGAACAGAAAGCCAAGAGGACAUUCAAAUAAAUUAUAUUAUUGUAAAUGGUUUUGUUAAACAUGUCACACAUUAUUUAACAAAUUUUGUAAACAAUAAUCAGGUGGAAACAUCAACGUAACGAGUGUGUUAUUGCUAACACUGGUGUCAGAUUUUAUUCAUGUCGCCUAAAUGCAUCUGACGUGACUUUUACGACUACUUACUGCGAUCUAGUGGCAGGUAGUCGCAUACACACUAGGGAACUAAACUGUCAACCAGUGUGCAGGUUCAAGAUGUUUUCCUUCACUGGAAGCAACUGGUCUAUGAAAACUACUAUGUAUGAGUCAGAUUGGUAUACAAACUCAUAUGGCACGAGUAGGAUACGAACCAGAGACCUUUCGAUCCACAAGCGUCUUAACCAUUACACCGCCACCGCUAUAAAUGAAAAUACUUAAGUCAACAUAAGAUAUAAGAGGUGAAUUAAUUCUACUGAAAUGUCAUAUCUCGAUAGCUCAGACCUGUACGGGAUAGACAGGGGCGUGGGUUAAUAUUAUAUUUCUGAAUCGAUUCCAGAUUACUGUUCUUACUGCUAGUUUACUAAAAAAGUAUUUUUUUCAACUGCUAUAAAUUAAAAGUUAUAAAUGAAAACAACACACACCACGGACAAACCAAUUUCUGUAGUGUUCUUUCAAAUUCAAAUCAUUUAUUCAGAAAUUAAACCUUCACAGGCACUUUUUCUCGUCAAUCUUUAUAUUUAUAGUUAUUUCUCACAAGCUACAAACUACUGGCAUUUCGGAACGACCACUGCUGAGAAGAAAUGCCGGAAGAAACUCAUUUGAACAGUGUUGGUCCCUAUCAUGCCAGAUCGGCUCACCAUUAUUGUUUCUUACAAUGUUUUUUUUUUCUUUCUAAUAAUAUAUAAAAGUACAUAAUGUACAUAGUCAAAAGGUAUAUCACAACAGGUUAUGAUUGUGAUCAGAGUGCUGAUUAUAAUAUAUAUAUAUAUAUAUAUAUCUUUGCAUGACAUCUAAGUAAUUCCAUACAGGCCUUAAUGUAUAACGUUGCGCGAUUGUUGUAUGGUAUUGUAAUGCAAGCAAUAAGCAACCAGAAGAUGUCCCCUAGUCGUAAUGCACCUCACUAUUAUAGGAUCAACAAUAAAGACUUCUUUAUUUCACGUCACGUCAGAUGCCUUUAGGCGAUUUUAAUAAAAUCUGACUCAAGUUUCAGCAAUAACACACUUGAUAAGAUUUUUGUAUAGUAUAAAUUAUGAAGAACUAACUUUUGUCCGCGGCUUCGCCUUCGUGAUUUUUCCGGUAUGAAAGGUACCCUAUGUCCUUCUCCAUACUACAAACUACAUUAUGUAUGCAAAAUUUCAAGAAGAUUGGUUGAAGCGUGAAGAGGUAACAAACAAACAAAAUUACUUUCGUAUUUUAAUAUUAUUACUUAGGAUUAGGAUAAAUAAAUAGAUAAAUGUGACUGUGAUUUGGAGAAAAAUAAAAUAAUUAAUUGUAUAAAAAUCUUUUAUUAAAAUCGUAAACACUGCCGAUUAACGUUGAUCAUAAAAACAGUUUCGUAUAUCAGUACAAUUACAGACAUGUUAAAGCUCGUUCGCACGGGCGUGUUAAAUCCUUCCGGCUAUUUUUUAUUUAUUUAACUUAAUUGAACGGGUGGAUCUGCCAAAGUUUCGACCGCUGUCCUUAUUAUCCGUUAAUUUUCUUAAGGAAGAAGCAAUCAUUCAUAGAAUUGACAUUGAUCACAGUACAGAUUAAUGAUUUUAAACUAAAAUAGUAAAACUGAUUCUUGUCUUUGUCAAAAUUUGAAAAAUAACAACGACGCGCGGCCGCAGCGCUGAAACGCUCGGAGAUCCACCAUACCAAUAUGGUACAAAGAGCUUUUAUUAAUGCUAAAAGCUUUCUUUACCAGUCAACCUUCGGGAAAAACUGAAAGAUCAUUUAUAGACAUUUAUAGUAAGCAUGAAAUAUGAAUAGCUGCGCCCCGGGGCUCUCUCCCGUGGGAAUUUCGGGAUAAAAGUACCCUAUGUAUUAUUCCAGGUUAUAUUCUAUCCGUGUACCAAAUUUCAUAAAAGUCUGUCCAGUAGAUUUUUCGUGAAAGAGUAACAAACAUACACGUACAUCCUUAGAAACUUUCGCAUUUAUAUUCCCACGGGAGCAAAGCCCCAGGGCGCAGCUAGUAAGUUAAUAAAAUACAUCUUUAUCUCUUUUAAAAUAUAGACAUUCAAUCUAUCCUCGCAACUCAUAUCGCAUAAGGCACUUUUAUACACCCGUUGACAAAACGCUCGUGCGAACGAAACCUUAAGCUAAACAAUUUCUGGGUAAAUUUCACGAGCGUUUGAACGCGGCGUGUAGCGCUUCAUUAGUGUCCCACAGUUUUUUUUUU